AUGUCGAGUCGCCUUCUUCCCGCAUUCCGUCCAAGCAGAUAUAUCCGCACACGGUUUACGUAUGGUUUAUUUUUACCACCAUUAACUCGACCUAUUUUUUCCUUUCUAAAACAAAAACCACAAAACGAACCCCUUUCAGAUGAGGAAGUCCGCGCCUAUUUACGAGAAUCCAUUGAAGAUGAGAAUUAUUUAAAGAAUAAUAAGAAUUUGCGGGAGUUCGAGUUUCCGGGCGCUCAACCCUACGAUAUUGAGGUCAACAUGGCGAAUUGGGAUGUGUUUUUAUAUACUCGUGACUUUCCUACUACGGAUUCCGAGAGAUCAUUGAGGCAUGUGUCAAAAGUAUUGACUUACCCGAUAACUAUAGCCGCAGUUCUUCACAAACAUGGACCAUUCACCUUGAAAAACCGAUUGACACCCGAAGGAUUAAAGUCGUUGCUUGCCCUCCGAAGUACACUUUACCCAAUGCAAGAAAACAGAGACAUCAAACAUCUUCGUCCUGCCGAGAUAAUGCGUAUAUUCAUCGUUGGUUCACGUGCUGAAGGUUACCUGCCUACAUAUAUAUACCUCCAACUCUCUCAUCUCUUUCCUAUGACCGCUUUCCAUAUUUAUUUUAUUGGUCCGCAAGCUCUUCCUCCUCGUCAUACUCAACCAUUUACCCAACACCUCAAUCAACGCCUAUCCUUUAGCUGGAGUAAUCUUACCUAUCACGACCACCAUGACUCUCUUUAUCCAUUUGAUCCGUACAUGGACGUGUUUUUCUUAUUCAGUCCUGGAUUCGGGCAACCGGAUGGCAAGCUGUCCUGGGCAAAGUCUCUAAAGAAGAUUCUAGGUACUAAAUGCGCAGUUUUCAUCACUGGGUAUGAUGCGAAGGACAUGGCCGAUGAUGUAAGAGCCUUAGAGGCCGAAGAGUGGCCUGUAGAUGAAGAAGCAGAAAUAAAUGAAAGUAGUAAGAAAAAACUUGAAUACGACUGGUUGUUAACGCCUGGAGAGAAUCCAUUUAGAAGUUUAAAGAGAGAUAUAAACGCGAACGACGUACGGGACAGUAUCUUCAGUAAUUGGGGUAUAUUUGGAAUAAGAGGCAAAAAGUAUGAGAUUAAAGAAAUAGGUGACGAUUAUACAUUGUUCGCGUAUUUGUUAAGAAAAUAA